AAUAUUAAUGUUAAACUUUUUUCUUACAGCUUCUGUAGUGGGUAUCAGAUUACAUAUAGCUGUAGCCAGUUGUUGUGUUGCUUCUAGUCUAUACCUUCUUCUUAUUAAAUAAGAUGUUGACUUUUUGUCCUAUCUGUGCUAAUAUUUUGACAGUUGAAGAAGGUGGAAGAGGCUAUCGAUUUGCAUGUAGUACAUGUCCAUACAUCCAUAACAUCUCCAGACGAAUUAGCACUCGAAAGUAUCCAAAAUUGAAAGAAGUAGAUGAUGUAUUAGGUGGAGCUGCUGCAUGGGAUAAUGUGGACUCUACUGAAGAACCGUGUCCAAAGUGUGAACAUGCAAGAGCCUAUUUCAUGCAGCUACAGACACGAUCAGCUGAUGAACCAAUGACCACAUUUUAUAAAUGCUGUAAUCCUCAAUGUGGUCAUCGCUGGAAAGAUUAAUUACUAUGAAAAUGAAUUUGAGUUUGAACUUUGAAAAUAUUUCUCUUGAUAAUUUAUACUUUAAUUUCAUGAAAUGGUUAAUAAUAAGAAGUUAACUUCAGGUAAUUAUAUUGAUGCAAGUUAUUACAAUUUAUAUAUUAAUUCUGGAAAUAUAUUAUUAAAUUGUAUUUAUCAAUAAAAUUAAGAGUUUGACUUCAAUAUGAUGUGUUCUGUUUACUUUUCAUAUUUAUUUUUUAAAAAAGACACUUAUUACAGUAAAAAAUUGUUCAUCUGAAAAAGGAUCAUAAUUUAUCCUAAUGAAUUUAUUAAGACAUCAUUUUGACACAAUUAUAACAAUAAAGAAUAAAAUAUAAAUUUUUUGUUUGCA